AUCAGUUUCCACGAAGCAACGCCCAGACGCACAGUUAGUUCGAUCGGUGCACCUUGAAGUGAAGUGUCCACUGCAGCAAUGUCUCAACUUCCCGUAUUUAAUCCGCCAACUCCUUUCCUUGCCCAUCUGCCAGCAGGGCUUGGAAUCUAUAGGAAAAUUACCAUUCGUGGCAAAAUGACUCAUGACCAGUUCAACAUCAACCUGCAGACCGGCCCUAACACUAACCCGCGCGACGAUACGGCACUGCAUAUUAGCAUUCGACCACGCGACGGCGUCAUCAUCCGCAAUUCCAUCCAGUUCCGCAGCUGGGGCAUCGAGGAACGCUUUGGCGGAUGUCCGGUGCAGAAGAAGUCUUACUUUGACGUGACCAUUACGGUGAAACCGGACGGCUUUGGCAUCGCGGUUAACGGAGCACACUAUUGUGACUUUAACCAUCGUCUACCGUACGCCUCGAUCCGUUUCAUCCAUAUUGGCGAAGGUGCAAACAUCGAUGCCAUUACGUCCGAGUAA